GUUCUGUGGCUGAAACUGCCCUCGUCAAUAUUUUUAAAAUCAAGUUUUUUGUUGUUCAUCUCACAGCCAGACUGGACUUUGCACUUGUGUGAGAAAUUCGCAAAGCACCCUGAAAAUACUUGUUAUGCCCACCAGUCGGCUGUUUUUCUACUUUCCACUAUAACUUAAAACCUGUUUAGUCGCUCUUGGUGCUUACACGAAGUCUCUGUCCUAGUUUUUGAAGACACCCAGCAGGGCUGUGUACAUUUUUCUGAAAGUGGCCAACAUCCCUUUCCAGAGCUGCCCAGUGGCUUUGCGAACAGGCGAGCAUCAAACUGAAGACUUCAAGGCGUCCAUGAACCGAUUCCAGAAGGUUCCCUUCAUCCAUCACGGGGACUUUAAGCUGGCUGAAAGUGUGGCAAUUGUCAGCUAUUUGGCUCGGGAAUAUCGGGAUCUCAUUCCAGACAAAUGGUAUCCUGCUGAAAGUAAGGCCCAAGCUCGAGUGGAUGAAUACCUAGCCUGGCAACAUGUAAACACCAGACAGCCGUGCGCCACAUACUUCUUUUACAAGUACAUUAUUCCUGCCAUGACUAAAUCACCCCCAGACGAAACCGAAUUGGCGAAACUCGAAUCAAAUUUGGUUACUUGCCUGGAUCAACUGGAAGAACUCUGGCUAUCGCCAGAGCUAAAAUAUAUAGCAGGCGACAGCAUUUCAGUGGCCGACAUUUUUGCGGCCAGUGAAUUGGAGCAAACUCGAUUAGCGGCUUAUGAUGUCACGAAAGACCGCCCGAUUUUAAAGGCCUGGCUGGAGAGGGUCCGGGAAGAAUGCAAUCCAGUCUAUUCAGAAGCCCAUGCUGUUUUAAACCGAUUAGUGGCAAAAAACAGUCAAUCUAAAUUAUAACCUAUUUUAAGCAUUUGUUUUUA